AUGUUGCUUUACCGGUGGAUUCGAGACUUGGAAAUAGCCCUUGAUCGAAGUGACAUCAAAGCCCUGCUUCAUGGUAUUUUCCCCGCCACUCUCAAUGUUGGUGAGGCAAGAUCCCGCUUGAAUAUGAUCUUUCAGGUUGAGAAGCUUCCAAGCCCACCGUGGUGGCUCUUCGAUUUGACUCAGAAACUUUCGAAUAUGAAUCACCUCAACAGCCCAUUCACUGGGAAUAUGGAUGUUGUUGUUGUGGGAAAGUCAAUCAGGUAUGAGGGUCCAAGGACCCGGUUCAUUGUAUUCGAUUGGUCUUACAGCGGUCAAGUGGAAGACAACAUUAUGGCGCAAACACCUGCAGAUGGCGUUCGUGGAACCGCAAUUUGGGAUGAUAAUGGCGUGGUUUCGGGCUUUUAUCACUUCUACACCAAGGAGGGUAGAUGGGCCGGAUUCUCCGCCUCUAUUAGUGCUAGUGAAUUGAGUGAAAUGGAAUGUACUCUGGUACAGCCUUAUGGGCAGCCUUGA